CACAAUUUAAAGUCAUCAAGUAGUGAAGAAAAAAGAGUAAGAAUCCCAAGAAUUAUUAUUAUUAUUAUUAUUAUUGGUAAAAUGUCAAAGGGAGACAAGGUUGUUGUUUUGGACUUUUGGGCUAGCCCAUUUUGUGCAAGAGUGAAAAUUGCUUUGGAAGAGAAAGGUGUGGAUCAUGUGGACAAUGAAGAGGAUAUAUUUGGAAAAAAAAGUGAGCUUCUUCUAAAGUCAAAUCCAAUUCACCAAAAAGUACCUGUUCUCUUGCAUAAUGACAAACCUGUCCUUGAGUCUUCUAUCAUUGUUAGCUAUAUUGAUCAUGUUUGGUCUUCCAACUCAUUGCUUCCAGAUAAUGCAUAUGAUCUUGCCAAAGCUACAUUUUGGGCUGAUUUCAUUGACAAAAAGGUGUUUGAAACUGGAAGGAGCAUUUGGGCUAGCAAUGGAGAAGAAAGAGAAGUUGGAACAAGAGACUUCAUUGAAGUUUUAAAGCAUCUAGAAGAAGCUCUUGGAGAGAAAAAGUACUUUGGUGGUGAUGCAUUUGGUUAUGUAGACAUCAUAGCCAUUCCUCAUUCUGCAUGGUUUUUAGCAUAUGAAACACUUGGUGGUUUCAAAAUUGAAGAUCAUAGUCCAAAAAUUUCAGCUUGGAUUAAAAGAUGCUUGCAAAGAGACUCUGUGAAAAAUGUUCUGCCUGACCCUGAAAAGGUUUACCAAUUUGUCCUUCAUUUUAGGAAGAUGUCAGGACUUGAAUGAGAUUAUGAAGAAUAUGGAUGAUGCUUGUUUCUAUUGUUUUUUUUCUUUCUUUCUUGAAUGUAUUAGAAGUUGUUGUUUUUGGCUUUUCAAUUCUCACUCGCCAGAGGGCUACAAAUUUGGAAUAAGGGAAAAUAAGGGAAAAUAUGUAAUAAGAAUCACCUCUGGGAUUUCUAUUGCUUUUCAAUUAUAAUGGUUAUGCUAACUAAUCAACCAUAUUUUAGUAUUUGAAUUAUGUAAUAUGAUGUUUUGUGUACUUUUAUGAUUAAUAAAGGUUUGAAA